AUGAACGAUGAAAUAAAUGAGCUACCACCGAAAAUUUGUGAGCAAUGUUUAGGUGAUGAUACCAACGUCAGAAUGACAAAGAUUCCUCAAGGCUCUGAAUGUAAGAUCUGUACUUUACCAUUCACCUUAUACCAUUUUAAGGCAUCGAAAAGGAGCGGCCAUAUUGUAAAAACAUUAAUAUGCGGAAGGUGUGCUACUCAAAGAAAUGUUUGUCAGUGUUGUAUGCUUGAUUUGAGAUGGCAUAUCCCCGUACAACUGCGGGAUCAUUUGAUAUCCAUGGUUAACGAAGAAAAUGUCAUAACAGAGGAGGCAAAAAACGACAUGAUGAAAAGAUUUUUAUCAUUAAAGGAUGUGAAGUUAGGGGGUGCCCAAAUUACGAGCGAUUCGGCAGAGGCUGACAUUAUACUUGAUAAAUUGAAGAGUAUACUUCAAAAAGCGACAUCAGAUAGCGAAAGUUCACAAUUGCAAAUACAAGGAGCAGCGGAAUCGGAUAAAAACAAGCAAGACAAGGACACAGAGAAAUACAGAUCUGUAGAUGUUUCUCACAUCUUAAAGAAAAUACCUUUGAGUGAAUCUUUUACGAGUGAUGUUUCUAGUAGGUCCUUCUUCCUUUACAAUAUUGAUGCUUCAAUUCCCGAAUGGAAAAUAGCUGAUUCGAUUUCACAGUUGUUAAAUAUAAAGAAAUGGAGUGACGGAAAUUCGUUAUCGCUAAUAAUCAAUCAUAAAGCAAAGUGCGGAGGUGUACGAUUCCAGUCAAGUAUGCUGGGGGAACAGUUUGCUCGUAAAGUACAGGAAACAAUCACCACACGAAAGGGCUUAGAGAGGGGUGUUCUACGUAUUGAUCGUUCCAGAAUAUUUGUUAUUCCUUGGACAUCCGGAUUUUCGGCUGCUUCAUUUGGUGCCACUACUGCGGAAAACAUAAAGCUAAGUUUAAGUUUGAACAAACUGAUGGGAUUGGAGCUGGGUUCCGAUGAUAAACAGUUUCGCGCAAAAAGUUUGGAUAACGUCAAGAAAAAUAAGCAAAAUACAUCAAAAAAAGUACAAAAGGCCAAGUCAAAGAAAUCAAAACCUCGUGCAAACAACUUAACAUUGUAA